GCUAACCAAACUUACCCACAAGUACAAUUUUUUGUUGUUUGAAAAUCAACCUGAAACGCGGGCUUGAAAUGAAUAAAAUUAAGUACUGGAACGCAAGAAAUAACACUUUAGAUUAUCUGAAAGUGACAAAUCAAACAUUUCAAAGAAAAGUCAAAGGUACAAUAGUGGAAAAGUGGAUCAAAUACUGGAAGACCCUUGCCAGGGAUUACAAAGAAGUGGCCAUAUCCGUGGGUCAGGAUAUCAAAACUAAACCGCUAAAAUCGGCAGCUUAUUUCAGUGCAGCCGGAUUGUUAGGUUACUGUGCAACACAUAACCCCAAUUUACAAAGUUUCCGAGCAAAAUAUAUUGAAUGCGCCAACAAUUUAAAUCUUGUUCCCCAAACUCUUGUAAACAAAAAAGCAGCAGAACACUUAAAAUACAUGGAACAAUGUUUCAAUGCGGGUUUAAUACGUUAUAUAAACUGUGGAAUUUUUUCCGUUAUAUGGGUUGAUAAAUAUAGUGAAGGCUGUGAUUUAUAUGAAAACAACUGUCCAUACUUACAAGUGCCGUACGUGGGCGUGUUAAGCAGGAUUUUAGAUAUUGGAUUUUUGAAUAUAUGGUGGAUUACUUCUCGGAAAAUGUUAGAUUAUGAUAUAAAUUAUUAA